UAGUAGACUCGCCGUUUCCAUGACACUACAUCAUCAAAACAAACAGUGCGAAGUCUAAGGAAAGCGAAGCCGUGGAAUUUUAAGAAAUAAUGCCAAUCAGCGCCCGAACGCGAUCCAGCAGCGGCUCUGGUUCGUCAAAAAGAGGACGCUAUCGUCAAUAUCGUACAAUUAGCUAUCACUCUCAAGUUGACGAGUCGCUGUUUGGUGAGAAAUGCCACGGUUGGAAUAUCCCAAAGACGGCGCCUGGAGGACGUCAGACUCAGAGAUUCAGCCAAAUCAAAGAUGUCUACCCGCCUACAAAAGCCGAGCAGAAAGGCAAAGAGAAUGUACAAGUGAUAAUGAUGGAUUUGAUAAGAAAUCUAAAGGUGCCGCAAAAGAACUCGAUGGGUUGCCCUGUCGUCUUAGACCGACAUGAUUUCACGAGGAUAAAACAGAGGGCCAGAGUUCUAAGUGAAGAAGAAAGGUCCAUGAUGCGAGAGGAGUACAGAGAGAGAAAAGAAGCUGCACUGCAAAAACGAUUUGAACGUGAAGCAAGGUUGAAAAAACUUGACAAACAACGUCAGACCGAUGAAGAACUGUGCCAUUUGGAUGUGGAAGCCAAGCUGAACGCCGAGAACCUUCUAGCAAAAGCGAAAAAGAAACGGGAAGAAGACGAGGACCGAAUAAAAUAUCUAAACGAGGUGAUUCAGGAAGCGAAGUGCCACGCGAUCAGAGACGCUCAGCUGGAAGAGAAGAAACAGAUGAAGCAUGACGUCGCCUCUGAGGAAAUGCGAUUGGACGAAAUGAUGGAGAUCGAUCGAAAGAACGCCAUCAGGGUCCAGGAGGAAAUCGAGAAUCGGCGCAAGCAGGAGCUGCGUUUGGGCGCCGUGAAACUGCGCGAACAGAUAACGGAAAUGGAGGAGCGGAAGUUGAGGCAAAUCGAAGCGAAGGAACGGGAAACGGAGAAACUGAAGAAAGAGAUUGAGCAGAUGUUUAAAGAGGAUGAAGAGAUCGCAUUGAAGAAGAAAGAGAAGCAGAUUGCGUUGAGGGAGGAACUAUUGGAAGCCUGUCAGAAAAUGUCGAAGAUGAAGAUACUGAAGCUGCAGCAAGAGAAAUUGGAAGAAAAGAAUGUCUUGGAAUUCUGCAAGGAGAAAGCUGAACGAGAAGCCCAGCAAGAAAUAGAACUGGAGAAGCUGCGCAUAAUGAAAGAGCAGGAAGUAGGAAGAAUCCGGGCCCAACAGGAGAGGGCCCUAGACGAAAGAGCCGAAAGAAACGCCAUACGAGCUAAGAGGGCCGCUGAGGAAGCGGAGCGAGAGUGGCGCAGGAAAGAAGCUUUGGUGGCACAAAAGAAAGCCGUUAAGGAGGCAGAGUUAAUCGAAGCCCGUAAGCUGCAGCAGAAUGAAAAGGAAGUACGUAUAGCUGCUCAGGUGCAAAUGGAUCGAUGUGAAUUUGAGAAGAUAGUCAGCGCCCAGAAAGACUCUUUGGAUAAACAGAAACGUGAGGACGAAGAGAUUAAGCAGCGUUCUCUGAAAUAUUCCAAAGAACUCCGCAGCCAGAUACAGGAGAACGAACAGCUGAGAAUCAAACAGAGGCAGGAGUUCUUCGCCGAGGGUAAGCGAUUCCAAGAAGAAGAUUACAUCUACAGACAGAAGCUGAACGCGAUUAAAGAGAAGAAAAUACAAGAAAUGAGAAAUGCUGGAAUACCAGACAAAUAUCUUGUACAUGUGAACAAGAUUGCCCAAAAGACUCUGAAGGCGUAAGAUUUAAGACGACGGUACCGACGACAAAGAAGUGUAAAAAAAGAAGGAAAAAAGCCAAAAAAAAAGUAAAGAAGCAAAAACAAUAAACGAAACACCAGUGUCCCCUACAAAAGAAUUACGCCCGCAAUACUACUGAAAGGGCAAUAAUUUUAGACAUGUGCGGCUUAACAACACUUUUCGGUUUUUAUGUAACCUAAACCUGGAAGUCUUAGUUAAAACUGAAACGGCAAGUUUUGAGGAAAACUAAAUCCAGAAGCGUUAAUUAAACUGAAACAGGAAGCUUUA